UUUGUUGUAUUUUCGAGCCUCACAAAUGUCGAAACCUCCUCCUAAGCCGGCCAAACCAGGCCAAAUCAAGGUGUUCCGAGCAUUGUUCUCCUUUGAACCCAGAACGCCGGAUGAGCUGUACUUUGAAGAAGGAGACGUCUUGUACAUCUCUGACACAAGUGACAGUAACUGGUGGAAGGGGACAUGCAGAGGACGGACGGGGCUAAUUCCAAGCAACUAUGUUGGUGAACAUGCAGAGUCUAUUGACAAUCCAAUGCACGAAGCAGCCAAACGAGGAAACUUGAUCUGGCUGAGGGAAUGUGUAGAAAACAAGGUUGGAAUAAAUGGGCUGGAUAAAGCAGGAAACACUGCCCUCUACUGGGGAUGUCAUGGAGGACACAAAGAUGUGGUGGAGCUGUUGCUAGGCCAGUCCAAUGUGGAGCUCAACCAGCAGAAUAAACUUGGAGACACCGCUCUGCAUGCUGCAGCCUGGAAGGGUUACUCUGACAUUGUGGAAAUGUUGUUGAACAAGGAUGCGAGGACAGACAUCAGGAACAAUGAAAACAAGCUGGCUCUGGAGAUGUCCACCAAUGCCCAGUGUGCUUCACUUCUUAAGAGGAAGACGGGAAGCAGCAUCACGCGCACACACAGCAACGCUGAAGAGUAUUUGGACGACGAGGACUCAGACUAAGCUGUUGAAAGUUGCCACUGUCUUCCACUGGGUUUGGGAUUUUUUUUUGAAGGGGGGAGGUUCAUGGAGCUUGGGAGAGUUUUAUUACAGAUUAAAAUGGAUUUGCUGCUCUGUUUUCAAACGUAAUCCCAUUUUAGUUCUAUUAAUGUAUACAAACACCUCGAUCCUCGGCCCUCUGCAUCAUACAGUAUCUGUGUGAAUUUAAAAGCAUUGAAUUUACGUGUCUUCCAGUUCGCCCGCUUUUGCAAGUGCAUUUUCUAAAGACUUCCAUUGCAUGCUGUGGGCUGACGGGAAGAAUACACAGUACAUAGCAGUGGAACAGGGACCCAAGCUUUAACAAGCACAUUCCAAGCAUAGAGAUUAUAAUUAAAGGCAUUUCAACUGGGAAUUAAAGUGCCAGUGCAGAUUAAAAGAUGGAUCACGUCUGUGUUUAGUCAAGUUUUCACGCUCUAUUUAAAUUGCCGACCUAGAGAAUCAUCAACAAGGAACUGUUGACACAGGCUUUUACAGUUUCAGGCAUAACUGAUAGUUUCCUCUCACCAUAAGACUCUGAGACAGUUUCCUGAGUUAUUUGCUUGGUCAAGUUUUAGGAUGUCACUUAUGCAAAAGCAAGGUCCUAGCAGGGAAAAAAAGUAUCUUCCCACUUCCCUACUUUUGUGAGGAAAAACUCACCCGUCACCUGUUUGUGCCGCAUGUGUUUUGGUCAGCGUUAUAAUAUCUGUUAGUUCAGUUUUUACACAAUUAGGUGGUUUUUUUUAGGGGUUUAAUUUCCAUUCUGGGAGCAAUUUUUCUGGUGUUUGUUGCUGCUUUCCGUAUUUUAUUAAAAUAAUUAAAAAAAGUGCCUUAAAUAACUGUAACACAGUGUGUCUUCAACUAAGUAUGAAUGUGAACAUGUAUUUUGAAUUUCUGAAGAUGAUUUUGUUCUAGAUUUCUAUCUGCUUUUUUCUUCAAUCUGUAAUAAACAAUUUUUAACUUAA